AUGAAGCCAGAGCAAAAGCGAAGCCCACCAAAGACACGAGCGGAGUUAUAUGUACAUGUCUCGCCAGCAAGAUGUAUUCGUCUUGGGAAAAGGUGUGAGCCAUCAGAGUCGGUUCGCAAGCGUAACCUUCAAACAAACCCAGUCGAUGCGUCCGAUACGCGCAUCGCUCGGUUGGAGGACAAGAUGGAGAGCUUGUUAUCUGCAAUGCAAUGUUUCAUCGGUUCCACAGGUGGUCCUGGGUCUUCGGCCAACAUCCUACAACCCCCGUCCCUCAACGGGGACAGCAUUUCGUCAGCCACGUCUUAUUCAAAUAGCACUCUGAUAACCCCCACGAGCACUAAUCUGGGCUUCAAUGAGAGGCCUACAUACUCGACGGGAUCGAUUACCACGGAAUCGUUGAAUCCAAACCCGCCAUUUUUGUCGCAUCCUUAUCCCCUAUCGCCCUCUACCCCAUCGCCAAAUCAAACAGAAGAACGGCUUAAUUUCUUCCGAACUCGAAUGCUGCCAUAUUUCCCUUUCCUCAACUUUACGCCAGAUAUGACAGGUUGGUUUCUCCGCCAAAACAGGCCAUUCUUGUUCCAAGCCAUUCACACCGUUACCACAUUCUCGACACAGGAGAGAUUGAUUCAAGUUGAGGAACUGAAGCGUCUUCUCUUCACUUCUGCUCUGAUCAAAGUCGAGUCAAACAUAGACCUGCUGCUUGGAUUACUGACUUAUCUAACAUGGAGUACCGACGCUUUUCUUGGCAGGGCAGACCUAAUCUCUCGUCUCAUGAUGCUCGCAAUCUCACUGGUAUAUGAUUUGCGGUUGUUCAAACCAUCCUCGCCAGGAGUAAAAGUCAUGAUGGCUAUUACCCAGGGGGAUUCUGACAAACAUGACCACAGUUUCGAGGAUGAAACGCCCUACUGCGUAUUUGAAAGGCAACGGGCGGUAUUGGCAUGUUUUAUUUUGAGCUCCAAUGUUUCGUCUCACCUUGGGCGUCAGGAUGCUAUACGAUGGACUCCACAGAUGGAAGAGGCGCUUCAACUCAUCGCAACAAACAAGUCAUGCGCCGCUGAUGAGUUGUUUGUCGCUCAAGUGCGCUUACAACGGUUGAAGCAGAGAGCGGAGGACGUCCGACAGCAGGACGAAACAAAUUAUGCUCGCACAGGAACAGCCCCAGCGGCCUCAGUUGCUCGCAUUUUAUACCUGAAGACUUUACGAAGGGAGCUUCAUGAUUUAAGAUCUUCAUUCCGCGCAGAUCUCCAACAGAUCGACAUUCUCAAUACACACACGCAAUAUGUCGAAUUAUACAUCAACCAGCUGGCGUAUUCUAUCAGCCAAGAUGCACCGCUAGAUCUAGCUGGACGAAGGGGUGGAGGUGCCCUGCUGGAAUUUGAACGCCUCGAUUGCUUGUGGCAGUCCGUCGAGAAUAUCAAAUCGUGGCUGGACAAUUUCUACCAAAUCCCCAACUCAAAACUCGUCGGCCAACCCUUUCACUUCUGGUCCCAGAUGAUUCUGAGUAUCACCCUAUUGAAAUACCUCUCAACCCUUAAAGACCCAGAAUGGGAUUGCCAAGCGGUGCGAAAUACAGUUCACCUAAUAUCGACGAUGGACUCUAUGCGCCAGAAGCUCGAUCUAAGCAGCAAGGAGCCGGAACUUCAAUGCCACGACCAUCUACUGAAGUUUUUAUCCAAGCUUUUAUCUAAAUGUCAGGUGUGGGCUGAAUCUCGGUGGAGCAUAGGUUCUCAGAUGGGAAACGGUGACACCAGGCCAUGUCAGAGUGACUCCCACAAUAGCCCUAUCCCGGAUCUAGAUCAGAUGGUCUGGAUGCAGUCUAUGGAUUUGGGAGAUGACCAGUGGUUUGAAAAUGUACUGGGUAUGCCCGCGACAUUUUACUAG